UACUUCCCACUGAAUAUGUCCUCAAAUGGAGAGGAGAGGUUGACCGAAAUGAAGAAGAAGAGGAAGACAACGCCUAGGAUUACGACGAAGAAGAAGAAGAAGAAUAAGCCGUCAACAACGCCGCAAUCGAGCCCAUUUCUGUCACUUCCCGAUGAUUUGGUAUUGAACAUCGUCGCACGCGUCCCAAGAUUGUACUAUCCGACUCUAUCCCUCGUCUCCAAGAGCUUUCGAUCUCUGCUAGCUUCACCGGAGCUUUACAAGGUCAGGUCACUCUUAGGAAAGACCGAGAGUUGUCUCUAUGUGUGCAUCAAUUGGUUUCCUGAAGGUUUUCGCUGGUUCACCCUCUGCCGGAAACCUGAUCAAACCCUAACCAAUGAUGAGAAGAAGAAAUCAAGUGGGUAUGUUUUGGCUUCAGUCCCAAUGACCAAUACUCCUCAUGCGGAUUUUGCGAGUGUGGUGGCGCUUGGUUCUGAUAUCUAUAACAUUGGCGUACCACAAUCCUCUAGGGAAGCCUCCUCCUCUAGCGUCUUUAUUCUGGAUUGCCGGUCUCACACUUGGCGCCAGGCUCCAAGCUUGCCGGUGGAGCUAUUUACUGUCUCUGUUGGCCUCAUUGAUGGAAAGAAGAUUUAUGCUGCAGGAUUUUUCGAUGCCAAUUCCGAGGACAAGAACUCACUCUCGGUGUUCGACCCCAAAACACAAGCUUGGGAUCCUGUGCCCAUCCCUUGCAGUGAGCCACUCGGCGUGUUUUACCGUCACAGCGCAUGUAUUGACGGGAAGUUACAUGUGGCGGCUCAAAAUAUGAAUGUUGCUUACAACUUCAAGGAAGCUAGAUGGGACAGCUCUCAACGAGUAAUAUAUUAUCACAUGAUUUCUAAUUCUUUUUGCGUGGUUGAGAAUGUUCUCUACUCGGCUUCUCAUGGAGCAUUCAAAUGGUAUGACACCGAGGCAGGCUGGAGAGUUUUGCAGGGUUUGGUAGGACUACCCAAGUUUCCUCAUGAUUCUUGUGUUAGGUUGGGUAAUUUUGGUGGAAAGCUAGCUGUUUUGUGGGAGACGAUCCCUUAUGGUAAUGUGCAUUGUAGCCUUAUAAAGAAGAUGAUUUGGUGUGCGGUGAUUGAGCUUGAAAGACGCCCUAAUUGUGAAAUUUGGGGGAAAGUUGAGUGGUUUGAUCAUGUGCUUACAGUCAGCAUAUAUAGUACACUCGAGAGUGUUGUUUCUGCUACUGUUUGAUGGAUGAGUCGCAAGGCUUAAACUUGUGUGUUUUAUUGGUAAUAUCGUUGCUUAUUUGGAAUGUGAGUGUUCUUUUAGUGUA